UGACCGCCCGCAGUACGCCUGCGCGAGGCCUCGCGCGGCUUCCCCUCCCUCUUCCCUCCUCCCUCCCUCCCGCCGGGCGGCCCGCAGGGAGGCGGCGGCGGCGGCGGAGCCCGAGGACCCCGCGAGACCCGCCGCGAAGGAAGCGGCCCGAGAGAGGUGAACCUUCCUUUGAGACCGCCUAAUCCUGGCUUGUGCUUCCCACCAUCAUGGCUACGGAAGAGAAGAAACCUGAUGCAGAGUCAGCCAAACCACAGUCGGCUCCUUCCUCCUCAACUAAUCAGAGCAAGCCUGCACCUGUGAAACCCAACUAUGCCCUGAAGUUCACAUUGGCAGGACACACCAAAGCCGUCUCCUCUGUAAAAUUCAGUCCCAACGGGGAGUGGCUGGCUAGUUCUUCGGCUGAUAAGCUGAUUAAAAUUUGGGGUGCUUAUGAUGGCAAGUUUGAAAAAACAAUGUCUGGACAUAAACUGGGAAUCUCUGAUGUUGCUUGGUCAUCUGAUUCUAAUCUUCUUGUUUCUGCCUCCGAUGACAAAACUCUCAAGAUUUGGGACGUCAGCUCGGGAAAAUGCUUAAAAACUCUGAAGGGGCACAGCAACUACGUCUUCUGCUGCAAUUUCAACCCUCAGUCAAACCUCAUCGUCUCAGGAUCGUUUGACGAAAGCGUCAGGAUCUGGGAUGUCAAAACGGGGAAGUGCCUGAAAACGCUGCCAGCCCACUCGGAUCCCGUUUCUGCCGUGCAUUUUAACCGCGAUGGCUCCCUGAUCGUGUCCAGCAGCUAUGAUGGUCUGUGCCGGAUCUGGGACACGGCUUCUGGCCAAUGCUUGAAAACGUUGAUUGAUGAUGACAAUCCCCCUGUGUCAUUUGUGAAAUUCUCUCCAAAUGGCAAAUAUAUUCUAGCGGCAACUCUGGAUAACACUCUCAAGCUUUGGGACUACAGCAAAGGGAAGUGCCUCAAGACCUACACGGGUCACAAGAAUGAGAAGUAUUGCAUCUUUGCCAACUUUUCAGUUACUGGCGGAAAGUGGAUCGUGUCCGGUUCAGAGGACAACCUGGUGUACAUUUGGAACCUCCAAACGAAAGAGAUUGUACAGAAGCUGCAAGGGCACACAGACGUUGUGAUCUCCACGGCUUGCCAUCCAACCGAAAACAUCAUUGCCUCUGCAGCCCUAGAGAACGACAAAACCAUUAAACUUUGGAAGAGUGACUGUUAAGUGCUUUUGGCACCGGCAUCACGUGGAGACUGUUGGGGUGGUGUCCAUAAAAUCGGAGGGUAUUUUGUGUUUGUGUUUUUUAAAAAAGAAAGAAAAAAACCCAACCCACAUUUCAGCCGCAUUAGCAGGAAGUCCGGAGCGAUGUUAAGAGGUGCAGCCUUGGCCAACGGAGAACCGAAGCGCCCUUUUCCUUGGCCUGACCCUUGUGUGAGGAACCCCUUGGCUUUCUCAGAGAAGGCAGUCGUCCCUGCUUGGAGUGGGGGGUGUUCAGUCCCCCAUCCCCCCUCCCCCCCCAGGCUAGAAAGAACCUUUUUAAAGUUCUUAUUUAAGACCAUCUCAGGCACCCUUCAGCAGAAGAGCUCGGGGGUUCCCGAUAGGCCUCAUGAAGGAAGACAGAAGAUGAUUUUCAGUGCGACCAAAUCAAUGUGCCCCCCCCCCCCAUGUGGUCCCUUCCCUGCCCAGUUUUCCAGAGCCUUCCCUCCUGCUGUGCCCUCUGGUAGAUGCUAUUGCGGUGAAAAUCUUCCAAGGCUUUUUUUUCCCUCUUGCCCCCUCCCCUCCAAAAAAAAGAACCAGUUCUCGUGACCCCCUUUUAUUUUAAUUUUCUUGUUUUUACACUUUAAAACCAUUCUGGCAAAUUUCACAAUAUGUGUACAGUUACUUAAGUGUAAAGAAUUUUUUUAUCUGGAAAAAUUUCUCUGUAUGAACUUGUAUUGCUAAUAGUAUGACUGUAUCUUUUCUGGCGUCGACACUUCUUCCUCCUUUCCCUCUCUCUCAAUGGUACUCUUGGUGUCCUACGCAUCCCGGACAGUGACCAUACGGCAGAAUAAAAAGUGGGAUUUAACGUG